AUGUAUGCCCACCUCAAGCUCUUCACAGAGUGUUUGGGUUUGCUAUGCAAGAAAAGUCGCACGCUGUAUGCAGAUUGGCUGUUCACCUGCCAGGAAUAUCAGACCGUUCACUUUGUCGCAGGACAAGAACAACAGGCUGUAGAUGGCACACAGUCUAACUUCAUGACCCUCACCGCUUAUUUUGAGCUCAACUGGUCGUGUGCCAAUGUUUUUGAUAACGGCCUGCAGUCUGAUACAAGCAUUGAUGCUCGCGAACUGUUUUAUCAUCGGAUCCCUGAGCAUUUUUCAUUCACGGCACGGCAUGGUUGGAAACCAAGAAGACGUGGAGUUAAAGAAAUAGGACGCAUGUACACAGUCUCACCACGAGAUGUAGAACGGUACAGUCUCCGCAUCCUUCUGUUGAACACAAAAGGAAAAAUGUCAUUCCAAGACCUGAGAACAGUAGAUGGAGGCACGUACGAGAAGUUUUUCGAAGCGGCGAAGGCUUCCGGAUUCCUUGAUGACGACUCAUACUAUCGUCAAAGCAUUCAGGAAGCUGCACAGUUUCAGACAGCUUCAACGUUACGCAGUUUCUUUGCUUGCUUGCUCUGUUACUGUGAAGUCGCAAACGCUGAGGAACUAUGGACUGAGUUUGCGGCAUCGAUGGCUGACGAUUUCACUAAUAUGGGAGUAAGCCCAGGAGAAGCAAUUGCUGCUGCCUACUUCGACGUCGCAGACAGAAUGUUACUGCUUGGCAGAGAUUUGAUCCAAAUAGUUAGGCCACCUGCAAAUCAACGACCUUCACUUCCCGAUGUCCUAGUUGACUAUGGUCAACAUGAAAGUGAAGGAUCACGGCUAUAUGCAUCACUGAAUACGCAUCAAAGAAAAGCUGCUGAUGACAUCCUUACAGCAAUGAAUCGCAGAGACGACCGAUGUUUUUUCAUCGAUGGGCCAGGAGGAACAGAGAAAACAUAUCUCUAUAAUACCAUCUACAACAUGGCCAUGGGGCAGCGGCGUCAAGUGCUGUGUGUUGCUUGGAUUGGAAUCGCAGCCAAUCUAUUGCCGAAUGGACGAACGGUAACCUCAGCGUUCAAGCUCAACAUGGCUGAUGGAAAUCGCACGUUUUUGAUGAAACGUCAGCAGAAAGAAGCACGACAGCUCAUGGCCAUUGAUAUUAUCAUAUGGGAUGAAAUUUCAAUGGCUCCAAAGUGCGCCCUCGAAGCUGUCGAAGGUUUAUUGCGUGAUAUUAUGCAGAACGACAGGCCGUUCGGCGGCAAGCUAUUCAUCAUUGGAGGCGAUUUUCGGCAAGUAUUACCAAUAGUUGAGCACGUACAACGCGACGACCUCGUAAAUUCGUGCGUAACAAAUUCUGUUCUUUGGUCACUAUUCAGGAUUCAUCGGCUUCAAAUCAACAUGAGAACUCCAUAA